AUGCUUUCCAAAACCAUCCUCCUCCUCACCACCUUUGCGCUCUCCACUCUCUCUUCCCCCGUCAACGUCUCCCGCAACGAUAGCUACGGGAACCAAGCACCCCAAGGCUUAGCCGCCGCUCCCGCCUGCGGCCCCGACCCAGUCACCUGCCGCUGCCCCACAGGCUCCUUCUAUCAAACCUCCACCAGCUACUCGUUUUACCCCGUCGCGGCCAAAGAAGUCACCCGCAUCACCGGCCACUUCCUCGACACGGCCUGGUUCGGCACCAGCCCCAACCGCACCACCGGCCAGACCACCACGCCCGGCGCAAAGCGCUACCUCUGGGGCGACGUCCCCGAUGGCAAGAGCCAGCUGCUCAUCGCCGAGAAGCUGACGCAGUUCACGGCGUAUCCGAACGACGGGGGGUAUUAUAUGAAGUUCCAAAUGGAUGAUGCGCCGGUCAAGUACGCGAAGAAGAGUGGGGGUAAGGGGGUGCUGGCGGGGAGCUGGGAUAUCGUGGAUGUGAGGGAGGUUGAUGGGCAGACGUUCAUGCUUUGGAAUAUUUAUGUUUGCUUUGGUGAUCUUUUUGAUUUCAAGGGGUUCCACGAGAGCGCGAUGAAGAACGUGACGGCGAUCUUGAAGAAGCAGGGAAAGAUUUCCUCUAGUGCGCAGAUGGUUGGGCCGAUUUCUUUCUAG